AUGGCGCCGCUCUCCCUGUUCCGCGGGCAGGGUGGCAUCACCAACUCGACUGCAGCAACUGUGGCCGUUGACCCGUUACCUCUUGAACCGCCAGGACCGCCGCCGCCCAAUGAGCUGCGGCGCUCCCUAUCUGGCGGCGGCGAGCCUGUACCUUCACCGAGCCGUUUGAACCCCGCCAGAUUGUUGCGCCGUAAGGGCUCCCGCUCGAUCCGCGAGCCGCGCGACCGAGGAGAGCGUGACGAAGGGUGGUUCGGCGCGUUGCGCGGACAGGGCCAUGGGCAGAUCAGUCAUUCGGCGUCGGGAUCGUUCGAUCGAAUGAGCGCAGGACGACUGAGCGGCAGUAGUGCGCACAGCGAUGCGCCGCAGCUCGUCCCAUCACCGUCGAUUCGGGGCUUGGCGCACAUUGCAUCCGUGUCCAUCUCGACCAGUCCUCGGAUGUCGCACUCGCGCCAAGGCAGUGCGGGCUCGAUAUCGGCCGUGCCCAGCGCGAGUGCUAACGCAUCAAACUUUGGCUCGGUGCGCUCCAUGCGCUCCAUGCGUUCAAUCCACAGUGACGGCGUGUCGACGUUGACGCACGACGACACGGAAAUCAUCAUCGGGCCGUCGCCCGACCACCCUCUGAUCAAGGGCGAGCCGAGUGUCAUGUAUCAUCACCCUUUCCUCCUCCCCGCGUCCGGGCCAUCAGGCAGUUAUCCGACUCCACUGAGCCCGCCGCGUCGUCCUCCACGCUCCCCCAUACCGCCUCCACCGCCUCUACGCACCGGGCCAAUCCACUACGGCGAGUCGCGCCCAUCGACGCCGUCGUCCGGCUCAGCUUACAGCGACAAGGGCGAUAGCGGACAGUCGGCAGCACCAACCGUCAGACCCGAUACUGCCAGGACAGAUCCAGCAGAGGCGACCGUUUGGCGAUCGGACACAGCGGCGUGGCUCGCACGGAGACCUAGCGGACGUCGCCACGCGCCUCUCGCAUCUGUUGUCGACGGGCGGCCGCGCGCUGAGAGCCUCAGCUCACACGUGAGCCCAAGCGUCAGCGGGACGAGUGCGUCAGGCGAGUCGGUCGACGAACCACUCACCCCGACCGUCAGUCCAAGGAUUGGCGGCUUGCCAAUAACUCCGACAUUUCCACAGCAACAUCGCGCUCCCAUUACCGCGGUGGCCUCGCCGUCCCCUGCGCCACUCUCACAGCCACCCGCUGCGCCCCGCACCCCCGACCGCUCCGGCUACGUCGUGAGCGUGCAGUGUCUGCCCUCGGCCGACGACGACGAGGUACGCUGGCAAGUUGUGCUCCGGCGAUCCCUGACAGCGCUGGACGCCGACGGGAUCGUUGGCGCCCCAGCACCUGGUGGACCCGUCCUCCUGGCCCCAGGAACCAGCGGCGCCCAGAACGUACACGCUCCCCCCUUUGCCAGCUCGGUCAACCUCUCCCUCGCGCUCGAUACGAAUGCCCCCAGCGGCAAACUCCAAUUCAUCACCCUCCCAAACGCGACACCUAAUCGUGUUCGCCCGCGGUCCGUCUCGCAGUCAGCUACCCCUGCGUCGCCGCGCAGUUACCGAGCGGCCCAGGCCCAGUCUCCGAAUAGCCAGCCCAGCAUCCCGGCUCACUCUCCGAACAGCCAGCCCAUCAUCCCGCGCGACUCGGUCUUUGGCCCUAGCGCGGUCUUUGGCUCUAGCGCGGUCUUUGGCCAUAGCGUCCUCGGUCCUCCGGCCGCACUCUCGCCGCCGACCCAACGGCCCCAAACGCCUCCACCGGCACUCGCACCGCCGACCCAACGGCCCCAGACGCCUCCACCGGCCGACGCCCGCGCUCCGCAAGAGCCGCUCUCGCCCCGCAGUCCAGCAUACAAGCGCCAAGGAGCUGUGUGGGCUGCGUCUGGCGGGUUCUCGCCGCUGGGCGGUGAUGAUGUGUUCACGGCCAGCCCACACAUGCCGUCGCCGCGGGCCGCGCGAGAAAGGGCCAAGCAAUAG